AGGCUUGAAUAAUGUGUCUUCCCAAAGAGAAGAGCAUUGAACCUUCUAGUCCUCUCCUUCUGUUCCUCUCCUUCUCCCUUCACAUAUUAAUUCUUUGCAUGUAGAUGCUUCGAUCGAAGAUAGGGAGAAGCAGACGUGGUUGACUGUGGUCAUCGGCUUCGAAUCCUUCCAAAAUGUUGUUAGCCUUCAGUGAGCAGACAAAAGGUCAAAAAUUUCCAGCUAAUUCAUCUGAUCAGGAAACUCUUGAGAUGGUUAUGGACAGGGCAAUGCUUGAACUUGAUCAGAUUCUUUGGGCAAAUGAAAUAAACUUUGCGAUUCUAGCUGCUUUGCCUGGAUUCUUUCUAUCUCUUAUUUUGAUCAUGUCAGUCUACGCAUGGUUAAAACAGGAUACAAGAGCAGAAGGCAGGGGCAGAGUUGCUCGUAUCCAGAGGAGGCUACUUAUUGUGGAGGUUGAGAAAACGAUUAUGAAGUACCUAACCUAUCUUGACCAGCAGCGUCUAAGAAGCUUAGUCUGUUCUUAAAUCUUUUGAUUAAAAUAUAUCCCAUGCCACUUGCCUUCGACAACCUCCAUUUCACCAUGUCAAUCGGCCAUGUUGGUUACUUAACACUCUUUUUUUACAUUAUCUUUAGGUGUCUGCCAAAAUACAAACUGUCUGUUAAUCAAAGAGUGAUACUUUC